CCGAGUACAACCCAGUACUUAUCACGCAGCUCCAUCACCCAAGCUUGGAAGCCACUUUUUGUCCCCAUGCGCACCACACCCCAGGAAAGCUGGCCGCCCUGCCGCCCCGCAAACCGAGUCCGAGGUGGGAAACAAGCUCGGGGCACAAGGAGUAGCUCAUGCGUCUGCGAGACGAGCUGGUCAAGCCACUGCCCACCCGCCCCUCUCCUUGAAUCCCACUUCUCCCAACAGUCAAAAAACUUCACCAGCCAUCAUUCCUGUCCCUUCGGCACUCGCCUUCAUCACAGGACAGGCCAUCUCCCUUUGCAUCGUCUUCCGGGUCUUAUUUGACUGUGGAGGACGGCAGACUCGAAGCUGCUAGCUGCUACUGUGUAGCCAGGCGAGCUUCCCGCCCGUGCUCUCUGGAUUACAAGCCCGCUUCCUUGUCGUUCCGUCCCCCCGAAGCACCACUACGAGGUCAUCUCCCAUGCAUGCUCCCCCCCAACCUCCAUCAUCAUUCAAUUGAACGCGUGUAGUCAUGGCGGACACCAAAGUCCCUCUGACGAUUACCUACCGGGCACCUCAAAUUCAGCCUCCACUCUUUGUCGCCGGCACUUUUUCCCAUCCGCAAUGGGUGCCCCAGGAGAUGGACUAUAUUACUGGCGAGGACGGACAAUUCACCUUCUCCAAAGCAUUUGAUGUGGAACCCAACUCGAAAAUACAGUACAAGUUCCGCGUUGGCCCUGGAGAUUGGUGGGUUCUCGAUGAGAAUGCACCAACAGUGACCGACGACGCCGGAAAUAGAAACAACUUGAUCGAAGCUCCGUCUGCGGAAGAGGCGAAGCCGGAGGAGCCGGUUCAAUCCACAAAUCAUGACGACGAUGUGUCGAGUUCGAAUCAUGUUCAGCAGCCGCAACCUCUUCCGAUUGCAAGACUCGAGGCUCUCAAAGAGACUGAGAAGGUUGACCGAUCGGCGACCAGCACUCCCGAGUACGCAAGAACUGCAGCCGAAGUUGCAGAGUCAGCUGCCUUGGUCGACCCGCCCACCCCUCUGCCCGAGCCAGUAGAUGCCGUUGCCUGUGACACGCCACAACAGGUCGCUAACACCGCUGCUGAGGUGGCCGAUACAGCUCAGAAUCUCGAUAACGAUUUGCCCGAAGAGCACGCGGAAAUCGUCGUUCCCGCACGCGAGACCAUCGCCGACAUCAAAGCGGACCUUCAGAAGGGUGAUCUUGAUAUCGCUGGGUUCAGUAAUGACCAUGAGCCAGCACCCUUGUUUGCGCAUGAAUGUGCCGGCCUCUACGAAGACGAUGAGAUUCCAGGUGUACCGGAGGAGGAGCACGCCAAGAUUGUAAAUGGCAAGACUAGUGACCAAGACAAGCAAGACUUCUCAGACCCAACUCUCGAACGAUUCCCUUCGUCGAAAAGCGAGAUACUUGCUGCUGUCAGGAAAGUUGAGACUGGUCUUAACGCCAACCAGACACUGAACGAAGGAGUUCCGCCAUCCCCUAUCUUCAGAACAAGAACCCGAAGCAGCGGUGACGGCCAGGAGGAGCACACUUCCCCCGAACCGAGCCCAGUACCUUCCAAGGAACCACAGCACUUGUCUGUGAACCCGGCACAGCCGCAGGAGAACCUGGGCGAGCGUUCGCUCUCGGCGGUCUCCCUCAAUUCUAUAGCCGAGGAUGAGGAGGCCGAUGCGCCAACGGUCGAAGAGAUCGCACCCAUCGUCGAGCAGGCUGAGACUGCUGAGGAGGCUAUCAAGGUCGCAAAAGAGGCUGAAGGCGACGUUGCCCUGGAUCCUGCGAAAACCGCCUCCCGGCCAGUAGUGACUGUCCCAAGCCCGUCGGUCAAAACCAACAGUGACCUGAUCUCUCCCGUCAGCGACGAGGACGAGGCUGUCGUGAUCAAGGAUGACAAGGAGAAGGACAAGAAAAUAGAGAACGGCCAGUCAGGCUCUCUGACGCUGGAGAGAGUGGCGACUCCUCAGCCUGAGGGGGCUGGCGGCCCGGACGAACCUGCUCCAAACACUGCGGAGCCGUCCAAAGACGCAGCUCCACUGGCAGAACCCGAACCCGAGCAGGCGUCUAGGCCGGUGCCUCCAAGCCCAAAGAUCGUUGUGUCGAAAGCUGAGGAGGACAUAGAACCUCGAAAUGUGCUAGCGGAAGCACCAGUAACCAACGGGAACGGGCACAAGGAUGUUCAGCCUCCCUCGUCCCGGGGCGGUCAGGAGGAGACUGGCUCUUCAAGCGAGCCGGCGGCCACUUCUUCUGCGAUCGAGGACAAUCAGCCCUCGUCGUUGAGGAAGCGAUCUGCUCCUCAGCCGGAAUCCAGAGAUCGUUCUGUUACUCCAGCACCGAUCCCUGAUAAUGACUGGGAGGCGGCCAAGAACGGGAACUGGUUCUCGGCCUUUUUCAGGUGGAUGUUUGUCGACUGGGUUGGUGGUUUCGUCAGUAGGCUGUGUGGAAGCAGACGCAAGACUACACUUGUGACAACCGGUGUGGCCUUGGUCGCAAUUGGAGCCGCUUGGCUGUGGAACAUGAAGGGUGUUGAUUUUGUUGAAUUCAAGGACGAUGCAUGGCGAUUGUUACGGCGAGCAGAUUGACUUUGGCGACCCGAAUCCAACUUGACAGGUUAUGCUGUUGGGGUCUGAAGCAGGUCCCUCGCCCAGCAUUGCGAUAAUUGUUUUGAUUUUUGAUUCCUGCACAAGGAUGCAUAUUGGGUGAUAUGGAGGGGGGCGUCAUUAUGGGUAGUAUGAACACACGGCUUAUAGGAUGAUAGCAAAGAAAUGCGAUGGUUGCUAGU